AUGUCCCUACCUGAUCCUACCGAAGACCUCGACUGGGGAGGUUACCUUGGAGGCAUUCAUGAGAUAUUCCACAAGAAUGCCGUGGCUCAUCCUGACAGGCCGUGUGUGACAGAGACCAAGACGCCAAAGGCGCCAACAAGAACAUACACCUACCGCCAAAUUGAUGAGGCAAGCAACAACAUCGCAAACUAUUUGCGCGAUGCUGGCAUCCAGAAUGGAGACGCAGUCAUGAUUUUUGCGCACCGCUCAGUUGAGUUGGUCUGUGCGUACAUGGGAACCCUGGCUGCUGGUGCUAUCGUCACCGUCCUCGAUCCUCAAUAUCCCCCACAGAGACAACAAAUCUAUCUUCAAGUCUCUCAGCCCAAGGCGCUGAUCUCCAUUCGCAAGGCUACGGAGGAGAGUGGUCCUCUUGCUCCUCUGGUCCAGAAGUACAUUGAUGAUGACCUUGCCAUUAAGAUCAAGAUUCCAGACCUCCGCUUCGCCGACGAUGGCGCGUUGACUGGCGGCGACCAAGACAGCGGCGAUAUCUUCGCCAACGUUAGGGAGAGGGCCUCAACACCUCCUGAUGUGCUCAUCGGACCCGAUUCCAACUGUACGCUGUCAUUUACGAGCGGAACUCAAGGUUUGCCAAAGGGCGUGCUUGGCCGUCAUUACAGCCUGGCAAAAUAUUUCCCAUGGAUGGCUGAGAAGUUCGGCCUCUCAUCAGAGAGCGUGUACGCCUGUCUUUCUGGGAUUGCCCAUGACCCAAUUCAGCGAGAUAUCAUGACGCCCCUUUUCUUGGGCGCUCAGCUCCUGAUACCCGCCAAGGAGGACAUCCAGCACGAGAGGUUGAGUGAAUGGAUGAGAGAGUGGUCACCAACGACGACUCACCUUACGCCUGCUAUGGGACAGAUUCUGGUCGGUGGCGCCACAGCUCAGUUUCCCAACCUGCGCCAGGUCUUCUUCGUUGGUGACGUCCUCACCACUCGCGACUGCAAGGCCCUUCGUAAGCUUGGUCCUGCCUGCACUAUCAUCAACAUGUACGGAACCACUGAAACUUCUCGCGCCGUGUCCUACUUUGAGGUCCCUUCCGCCGAGGAAGACCCGACAGCCCUGGAUUCACUCGGCGACUCUGUUCCCGCUGGCUGGGGCAUGAAGAAUGUCCAGGUGCUGGUCGUGGAUCGGGAAGAUCGCACCAGGAUCUGUCCGAUUGGUGUGGUUGGAGAGAUCUAUAUCCGCGCCGCUGGUCUUGCCGAAGGAUACCUUAAUGAUCCUGAGAAGAACAAGGAGAAGUUCAUUGACAAUUGGUUCGUCGACAACAACAAGUGGGUGGAAGCAGACAAGGCCAACGACAAGGGCGAACCGUGGCGCAAGUACUACAAGGGACCGCGAGACAGACUUUACGUCACAGGGGACCUCGGAGAAUAUCGAUCGGACGGGGCUGUGCGUGUCUCAGGCCGUAUCGACUCACAAGUCAAGAUCCGUGGAUUCCGGGUUGAACUUAACGAGAUUGAUGCGAACCUCGGUGGCAGUCCUCUGAUCCGAGACUGCAAGACCCUGGUUCGAAGAGAUCGUAACGAGGAGCCGACGCUCGUCAGCUACAUCGUGCCUGAAAUCGCUGAAUGGAAGCGCUGGCUUGAGACUCAGGGCCUCCAGGAUAUCGAAGAGGAGGGUGUGGAAAUGGGACCCUGUAUUGUCUACCUCAAGAAGAGGUUCCGCCGUAUCCAGGCCGAGGUGCGAGACCACCUCAAGUCUCGCUUACCAGCGCACUCGGUUCCCUCGAUCUACAUUGUGUUACAGAAGCUGCCUCUCAACCCGAACGGAAAGGUUGACUCUCCUAAUCUACCUUUCCCCGAUGCCUCUCUCAUGAUGGAGGAUGCCUCAGAGGAGGAUCUGAAGAGCUGGGAGAGCCUAUCCGACACUGAGAAGACUAUUGCGACACAAUGGUCAACUCUGAUCCCGGGUCUAAAUGCCCAGACCGUCAGGCCAGACUCCAGUUUCUUCGACUGCGGUGGUCACAGUCUUCUUGCCCAGCAGCUCCUGCUUGACAUUCGCAAGAACCUGGGCGUCGACAUCACCAUCGGUGUCCUCUAUGCAAACCCUACUCUUCGCGGCCUGAGCACCCAAGUCGACCGUCUUCGCAGCGGCCAGGCCGUUACAGUCGACCAUUCUGACGAUACUGUCUACUCUAACUCCCUCGAUGAACUUACCAAGACCCUGGAUGCAAAGUACCAGAGCGCGGAUCCCGAUGCUCUGAGCCCUUCCAACAGCACCACUUUCUUCCUUACCGGUGCUACUGGCUUUCUCGGCGCAUACCUAGCCAAGGACAUACUAGAAAGGAAGAACACCAAGCUUAUCGCCCAUAUCCGUGGAGCCAAGGACCUGAAGUUCGCCAAGGAGCGUCUUGUAAGGUCCCUUAAGGGCUACAGUCUCUGGCAAGACUCCUGGGCCAAUAGGAUCUCCUGCGUUAUUGGUGAUCUCUCUAAGCCUCAUCUUGGCCUCGAUGAUGCUAGCUGGAAGCAUGUCGCUAAUACAGCUGAUGUAUUUAUCCACAAUGCUGCGUAUGUCCACUGGAUUGCUCGUUACGAGCAGAUGAUGCGUCCUAAUGUUCUCUCUACUAUCGACGCUAUGAAGCUCUGCAACGAGGGCAAGCCUAAGCUCUUCACCUUUGUAUCCUCGACUUCCACCCUCGACACAGACUACUAUAUUAACCUAUCCAACGCUCAGACUGCUACCGGCCGCAGCGCCAUCCUCGAGUCCGACGCCAUGACUGGUAGCCGCACCGGUCUUGGCACCGGCUACGGUCAAACGAAGUGGGUGUCUGAGCAACUCGUCCGCGAGGCCGGCCGCCGUGGUCUCCGCGGCGCAGUCGUCCGACCAGGCUAUAUCCUUGGCAGCCGCAAUGGCGGUGUCUCCAACACAGAUGAUUUUCUUAUUCGCCUCUGCAAGGGCUGUGUCCAACUCGGUGCUCGUCCUCGCAUUGUCAACUCGGUCAACGCCGUCCCUGUCGACCACGUCGCUCGCGUUGUUGUCGCUUCGGCGCUGAACCCCCUUCCCGGCGUUAACGUUGUGCACGUUACUGCCCACCCGCGUCUGCGGAUGAACGAGUUCCUCUCUGUACUAAACUACUAUGGUUACGAGGUGCCCGAGGUCGACUACGAUGACUGGAAAAAGCAGCUGGAGGAGUUUGUCUCAGCUGGACCCGUCGAGAAGGAUCAGGAGCAAAGCGCGCUAAUGCCGCUGUUCCACAUGGCUACGUCAAACCUCCCGAGCACCACUCGUGCUCCUGAGCUGGAUGAUAGAAACGCCGUGGCUAUUCUCAAGGCUGAUGCAGAGCGCUGGACAGGCGUCGAUGAUAGUGCGGGAGAGGGCAUCACUCGUGAGGAUAUCGGUAGGUAUCUCCGGUACCUCGUUGAGAUCAAGUUCAUGGCCGCACCCACGGGUAGAGGUCGUGAGUUGCCCGCGAUUGACACCUCGAUCGCCGAGGCGCAGGCACAGUGGGGAGUCGGUGGUCGCGGGGGUGCUUCUUGA